GAAGGUGCGAAGGGCUGGAGCAGGGGGCAGAGGGCAGGGUAAGGAGGACGGAGGGAACAUGGAAGAGGAAAAAGAAGUGAAGAACCCAAGCGCUCAAAAGGCCGCGGCCCCGGGCAGCUGUGAGAUAGGAGCUCGCCCCCACCCUCCCCCGCCUGCCAUGUCUGCCCCCCCGGCGCCGUCCGACCGCGUGACAGUGAACGUGGGCACGGAGGAGGUCCAGAUCCAGCUGUGCCCGGACCCACGUCUGGUGAGCACGACGACGGGCGGCGUGGAAGGCGCCUGCCACAGCUGCCUCCUGCCCUUCAGCGUGGUGGCGGCGCUGAUCGGGGUGGCGGUGACGGCCGUGGCCUACGCCCGGGACGCCCAGAGCUUGGUGCUGGGGGUGCUGGGGCUGUCCCUGCUGGGUGCCGGGGUGCUGGGCCUGGCCGGGAGCUACCUGGCCUACCGCUGCCGGGGCCGCAAGAUCAGGGGCUGGAGGCGCAGCAGCUUCACCCUGCUGGUGGGGGACCAGCAGCAGCAGAAGGCGGUGGUGUGAGAGUCCGAUCCGGGCCGGCGCGGGGCUCCAGUCCGGGUUUGGGCUCCAGUCCGGGUUCUGCCUCUAUCCCAACUCCGAUCCGAGCCGGCGCGAGGCUCCAGUCCGGGUUCCGCCUCCAUCCCGACUCUGAUCAGGGCCGGCGCGGGGCUCCAGUCCGGGUUCUGGCUCCAUCCCGAGUCCGAUCCGGGCCGGCGCGGGGCUCCAGUCCGGGUUCUGGCUCCAUCCCGAGUCCGAUCCGGGCCGGCGUCGGGCUCCAGUCCGGGUUCUGGCUCCAUCCCAAGUCCGAUCCGGGCCGGCGUGGGUAUCCGGGCCGGGUUCUGCCACCAUCCACAGUCCCCUGGCUGAGCCAUCCUACCUCCUGCUGUAUGGGACCUGCCCUGCGUUGUGUGUCAUUGCCUCUGUACUGCAGAUCACGGGGGAUUCACCUUUAAACCCAACACUCCCUCGCCCAACUCCCCUGCAUACAGACAUCACAGCCUCCAGCCCUGCCUCAGACUCUGGUUGCAGCCCUCUUGCCGCAUGAAACUACAUGCCAAUGGGCCCAUCUAGCGUGGCAUCCGGCCUCCAGCAGCCACCGGCAUCUGCUGCUGUGGAGGAACGGCAUGAGACACCCCCGCCCCCCCUGCGCGAUUAUGGAAUAAUUCACCUGGAUACUGAGCUCCUGCCCUCGCUGAGAAUCCUGCGGCCAGGAGUUCCACAGGCUGGGCACAAAAAUAUCUCACCCUGAUCCAGUCUCCUCCCUGCUGCUGGCGGGCGGGUGGUGAUUUAAAGGGCCUGCACGGAGCUCAGAAAGCGGACGGGGUCCAGGUAGGGGAGGUUUCUGUCCCUGCU